CACCAAGUAUGCCACAGCCAUGAAGUCAUCAGGGACCCCAGUCUCAGACACUGCUCUCCCAGUCACUGUCACAGCUCUUCACAGCAGUGUGCCUAGGAAUGGUGAGAUAUUAAGAGUGGCCAGUCAAUGUGUGGGGAAAAUGAGCUCUGGUUCGUGUACAGAGGUUGUACGGAAGUGAGGGAACCAUGGUCUGUUAAAACCACGAUGGAGACGACUUCCAAUAACCUACUGAGAUGAGGAGAACCCACUAAAGCCAUGACCAUGGGAGUGGAGUAGAGGGUCUGGAGCGGAGGAGGCUGUUUGUGAAGCUGAACCAGCAGGACGUAGGGACUGGUUGGCUGUGGAAUAGAGAUCCUCACCAUGUGAGGAGGUGACUGGUGAGUUUGGAAGACAGAGCUCAGGUUAUUGAAACCCACCGAUACGUCUACCUGGUGAUGGAGCAUGGAGGCAGGGGAUCACUCUUUGACCUCAUCCCACCUGGGGGCAUGUAGGAGGAGGAGGAGGCCUGGAGACUCUUCAGACAGAUCACCUGUGCGGUGUGCUACUGCCACAAGAUGCACAUCUUGCAUGGAGACCUGAAGCCCCAGAACGUUGUGCUGGAUGCCAGAGGCAACAUCCGAAUCAUCGACUUUGGCUUAAGCACCGUUCUCAAGCCUGGGCAAGAAUGGAACAGAGUCUGGGGUCCUCUGGAGGGCCCCACAAUGGACACCUGGCAACUGGGUAUCAUUUUGAACUUUAUGUUGACAGGGAACCGCCCGCAUGACAUCUUACACCCCGAGUUGGAAUUUCCCCAGCACGUGUCCCCCGAAGCACAAAGGCUCAUCAGGAAAAUCCUGGCAGAGGACCCAGGAGCAAGCCCCUCGGCAGAGGAGAUCUUGGCAGACCCGUGGCUGAAUCAGGGUGAGGAGAAUUCAUCUUUCCAUGAUGUGCCCCUCCCCAACCUCUCAGACCCCACAGUACUGACAAUGCUGUUCAACAUGGGGUACGACCCUUACAGUACCUGGGUGUUGCUGUCCCAGAGAAAGUUUGAUGAGGCGAUGGCUUCCUAUCUCAUAAUCCAGCAGCAGAUAAGCCAGGGGGCAGGCUGCAUGAAGCCUGUGAGAAGGGAUCCUUCCAUUUCCCCUGCCCUCCCGCAGAGGAGGGCGAGUGAGCCUGCCCUUCACACCUUCCCCCUGCCCUGUGAGCAUCAUCAGCCUCAGGAGGCCAAGGAGUCAGGGCAGAAGGGCUUCAGAAGGGCCAGCUGGCCUGCCAUUGGUCUCCGCUUCCUGCAUGAGAAGCCCCCCACUCCCAGGUUAGCCUCCCAGCAUCACUCUGUGUCCAACUCACCCCAACCCUGGCCAUCAACAACAGACAGCCAUGUCUCCCAAGAUGCCACCACAGGGCGUCCCUGGGGCCACAGGAAGGGCUGGAAGCGGGUGAGGCAGAGGAUGGCUGCCUGCUUGCGCAGACUGUGCUGUUACACACCCUCAUGUGUUGGCGAAAACGAGGCUCCUACACCAGGAGAGCAGAAACCUGCUAGGUUCACAAAUUGGGUGGUUCCUACAUAAAUGGACAGUUCAGAUGGACCAAACGAAGAAACAGCCAGCCAGAGGAGCCUUUGCUCCGUGGAUGCUGUCACUAUGUUGGCAUUUGUCACAUGGACUCCAACAGCUGCAGGACUGAGAGUGCCUACUGGCUGGGCUUCUCCACAUGGGGUCCAGCCAGGAGCACACCUGGAUCUACCUGGACAUCAGGACUCUCCCCUGCCCCCACCUGCCAGGGACAUCAAAUGAGACUAUUUUCCCUGGGACCCUUCCCUUACCUUGCUCUUCUCUGUCCUUUCUCCCAUGCUCCUGAGAUGACAGAAAUAUUAAUAAAUUUGU